AUGUCUACUGCCGUCAAUGAAGUUGCCGAUAACCUGGCCAACAUUAGUAUCAAUGAACAAACCAACGGUACUCCCGCUGCUACCCAAAAUGGUACUACAGCUAGUGCCGAUGAGGGUCGUCGGUUGUACAUUGGGAACCUCGCGUACGCGACCACUGAGGGGGAGCUUACGGACUUCUUCAAAGGCUUCACUGUCGAGAGUGUUUCUAUCCCUGUGAACCCUCGAACCAACCGUCCUGUUGGAUAUGCCUUUGUUGACCUGGCUACCGCACAAGAAGCUCAAGCUGCCAUUGCCACCUUGACUGGCAAAGACAUCUUGGAGCGUCGGGUUUCUGUUCAAGUUGCUCGCAAGCCAGAGCCCACAGAACCAAAGAUUGAAAGUGGUGCUGAGGGCACUAAUGGAGGUCAACGCAAGAGAGGUAGUGGACGAGGUCGUGGCCGUGGACGUGGACGCGGUGGCAGAUUUGGUCGUGGUGGUCGUGCUAACGGAGCCAAGGGCGAAGGUGACGAGGUUCUUGCGGAAGUCACCAAUCCCCCUGAGGCUGGAGCAGAAGAAGUUGAAGCUCCAAAGGAUGACACUGAUGCUAUGAGGGGCCAGAUUCGUCCCCGCAAGCAGCGAGGUCCCCCUGAAGACGGCAUUCCCUCCAAGACCAAAGUCAUGGUGGCGAAUCUGCCUUAUGACCUCAGUGAAGAUAAGUUGAAAGAGCUUUUUGCCUCCUACGACCCAAUCUCUGCCAAGAUCGCUCUUCGCCCAAUUCCACGUUUCAUGGUGAAGAAACUACACGCUCGUGGGGAGGCUCGCAAGGGUCGUGGCUUCGGCUUCGUCACCCUUGGAUCCGAGGAGCUUCAGCAAAAGGCCGUUAAUGAAAUGCACGGCAAAGAUAUUAAUGGACGCGAGAUCGCAGUGAAGGUUGCCAUUGAUAGCCCCGGAAAGGAAGACGAGCCUCUUGGCGCUGAAACUGGCGAGGUUACUACCCAGGAGGCUGCCAAUGUCGCUGCUUAA